AUCGCCUUACCUGUUUUAGAGACCUGAAGAGAACUAAAGAUGGCACAGACCCUUCGCUUGGCCGUCGCAGUUCUUGGGAAUGCUGCCUCAGUUUCCCUUUACGCUGCUCCGACGGUUACUUUGAAGAGGGUCAUAAAGAACAAAAGCACAGAGGAGUUCUCUUGCAUUCCCUACAUCAUCGGGCUGUUGAACUGUCUCCUUUUUACUUGGUAUGGAUUGCCUGUUGUAAGCUGCAAAUGGGAAAAUUUCCCUCUGGUUACAGUCAAUGGCGUCGGGAUCGCCCUCGAGCUAUCUUAUGUUCUCAUUUACUUCUGGUAUGCUUCGGCCAAAGGAAAGGUGCAGGUAGCCAUGACAGCUAUACCAGUUUUGCUGGUGUUCUGCAUCACUGCUAUUAUCUCAGCUUUUGCCUUCCACGACCAUCGUCAUCGAAAGCUACUCGUGGGUAGCAUAGGCCUUGUGGUCGCAAUAGCAAUGUACGGCUCUCCUUUGGUUGUGAUGAAAAAGUUUAUAAAGACAAAGAGUGUGGAAUUCAUGCCACUUCCCUUGUCAUUGUGCUCAUUCCUGGCUAGUUCGCUUUGGAUGACUUACGGACUCCUCGUCCGGGACAUUUUUGUUGCGGGACCAAGUGUGAUUGGGCUCCCAUUAUCCAUCCUGCAGCUGGUGCUUCACUGCAAAUACUGGAAAGGAAGAGUUAUGGAGAAACCAGUGAAGGAAGAUGCAGAGAAGGGGAACCUUGAGAAAGAUGGAUUGGAAGUGGAAAUGGGGGACACAGAAAAGAAGGACUUGGAGAAGAAUGUGACAAAAUCAUAGGAUGUGUAUCUGGUGACCUGUAGCAGUUCCAGUGGGAUAGGGUCCAGGGUUUCAGAAAGUUCCGCUCAUAUUCUGGCGUUUUUGUUUUUUAAUAUUUCUGUCCCUUUUGUCAUUAGUGCUUCCCUGUAUUCUUCUCAUUAACCCUGGUCAUAGUUUCGAACUCUAAUAUAUAUGCCUUCUUU